AUGGCUGUACCAAUCUCCACCGUCGCAGAGAGCAAGGAGCUCCGGGGACUGAACCUCAUCGCCGCCCAUUCGCAUAUCAGAGGACUCGGUGUUGAUGUAGACUCUCUGCAGCCGCGGACAUCAUCUCAGGGGCUUGUUGGCCAGGAAAAGGCUCGGAAGGCCGCGGCGGUGAUUUUGCAGAUGGUGAAGGAAGGCAAGAUUGCCGGUCGCGCAGUUCUGAUCGCGGGACCUCCUAGCACAGGAAAGACAGCAAUCGCAAUGGGAAUGGCACAAUCUCUCGGACCAGACGUGCCUUUCACAAUGCUCGCGGCGUCAGAGAUCUUCUCAAUGGAGAUGUCGAAGACAGAGGCUUUGACCCAGGCGUUCCGCAAGUCCAUCGGUGUGCGCAUUAAGGAAGAGAGUGAGAUCAUCGAGGGUGAAGUGGUGGAGAUUCAGAUUGACCGGAGUGUCACUGGCGGCAAUAAACAAGGAAAGCUCACAAUCAAGACUACCGACAUGGAAACGAUUUACGACAUGGGAACCAAGAUGAUCGACUCUAUGACCAAGGAACGAGUAAUGGCAGGCGAUGUGAUUUCGAUUGACAAGUCCUCUGGAAAGAUCACCAAGCUCGGCCGAUCAUACGCACGCUCUCGAGACUACGAUGCCAUGGGCGCCGAUACCAAGUUCGUCCAAUGUCCUGAAGGUGAACUCCAGGUUCGCAAGGAGAUAGUCCACACCGUCAGCCUCCAUGAGAUCGAUGUUAUCAACUCGCGCUCACAAGGUUUCCUGGCCCUCUUCUCUGGCGACACGGGCGAGAUCCGGAGUGAGGUUCGCGACCAAAUCAAUACCAAGGUGGCUGAAUGGAAGGAAGAAGGCAAAGCAGAGAUCAUCCCCGGUGUUCUUUUCAUCGACGAGGUCCACAUGCUCGAUAUUGAGUGCUUCUCCUACAUCAAUCGUGCCCUCGAGGCCGAGCUCGCCCCCAUUGUCAUCAUGGCCAGCAACCGCGGCCAGGCACGCAUCCGUGGAACUACCUACACCUCUCCCCACGGUCUUCCUCUUGAUUUCCUCGACCGUGUCGUUAUCGUCAGCACACACUCGUACUCGGGCGAUGAGAUCCGUCAAAUCCUCGCUAUCCGAGCACAGGAAGAAGAAAUCGAUCUUUCGCCUGAUGCGUUGGCCCUUCUCACCAAGAUUGGUCAGGAGUCAAACCUGCGCUAUGCAAGCAACAUUAUCACCACUUCUCAUCUCUUGACUCAAAAACGCAAAGCGAAAGAAGUCAGUGUUGAUGAUGUUCAGCGCAGCUUCAGACUGUUCUACGACCCCGCUCGGAGUGUGAAGUUCAUCAACCAAUAUGAACAGCGCUUUAUUGGUGAUCAGGGCAAUGUCAGCUUCAUUGCUGGUGCCAAUGGAGAUGCGAUGGAGCUUUCUUAA